GAUUAUUAAACUGCAGGUAGGCAGUGCCUUGAGAGUGCCUUAGGAAUGUGAGCCGGCAAAAGUUCCUGAUGACAGCGAACUUUGCCCAAUACCUGUUGUCUAUAUAUAUAUAUAAAUAUAUAUAUAUAUAUAUAUAUAUUGUACCUCCAGCAGGAGACCUGUAGGAAAACUUCAUCUGAGAAGGAAAGAGCAGGACAUGGCUCCGUGGCCUGAACUGGAAGGCACAGACACCAAUAAAUAUAUUGAAGAGCCUUCCUCAAAAUCCAAGAAGACCAUGUCUGACAACGAGAGGAAAGACACCAAAGAUGGAGCCAUUUCUAUGGGGAAUCAGGUGGAACUCUUGCCUGCAUAUUCCACCAUUGCUUUGACCACUGAAUCUGAAGAGGAAGAAGAAGAUCCAUGGAAGUUACCAGAACUUCAGGAUACCGGAAUCCAAUGGUCAGAACUUGAUGGGAAACACAAAGCUCUUUAUAUUUUGCGAGGCAUCGGAAAGUUUAUUCUUCUGCUCAUAUUGCUUUACUUUUUUGUUUGCUCCUUGGACGUGCUCAGCUCUGCCUUCCAAUUAGUCGGAGGCAAAGCAGCAGGAGACAUUUUCAAGGAUGGUUCUGUCUUAUCAAAUCCCGUGGCAGGCCUAGUCAUUGGCGUUCUGGUGACCGUGAUGGUGCAAAGUUCUAGCACAUCUUCCUCUAUCAUUGUCAGCAUGGUGUCUUCUUCACUACUGAAUGUUAAGCAUGCUAUCCCGAUCAUCAUGGGAGCCAAUAUUGGGACUUCGGUUACAAACACCAUUGUGGCACUUAUGCAGGCUGGAGACCGGAAUGAAUUUAGAAGGGCCUUUGCUGGCGCCACUGUCCACGAUUUCUUUAACUGGCUUUCUGUGUUUGUCCUACUGCCCAUCGAAGUUGCUUCUCAGUACCUCUUCCACCUGACGAGUCUUAUCGUGGACUCGUUCCAGCUGGAAAGUGGGGAAAAUGCCCCCGAAUUGCUAAAAGUCAUCACAGAUCCCUUCACAAAACUCAUCAUCCAGCUCGAUAAAUCGGUCAUCAAUGCCAUCGCUACAGGAGACGAGUCAGCAAAAAACAGAAGUCUGGUGAAAGUUUGGUGCAAAACUAAAACGACCGUGAUUGCACUGAAUACGACCAUCCCAGCAUCCGAAAACUGCACGUCUUCAGACCUUUGCUGGACCAGCGAAAACACGACCUGGACUGCCCAAAACUUGUCGGACACACAGUAUCUUGAAAAAUGCAAGCACAUUUUUGUAGAAUCUCAGCUCAAGGAUCUGGCCAUUGGUCUCAUCCUGCUCGCUCUCUCUUUGUUGGUCCUGUGCACUUGCUUGGUAUUGAUCGUCAAACUGCUGAACUCGGUCCUUAAAGGACAAGUCGCAAAUGUCAUCAAGAAAACGCUCAAUACUGAUUUUCCAUUUCCGUUUUCUUGGGUAACUGGUUAUCUGGCCAUGCUCGUAGGAGCUGGGAUGACCUUCAUUGUUCAAAGCAGUUCGGUGUUCACCUCGGCUAUCACUCCUCUUGUUGGAAUUGGGGUUAUAAGUAUAGAACGGGCCUACCCCCUAACCUUGGGAUCAAAUAUUGGGACAACCACAACGGCUAUUCUAGCUGCAAUGGCCAGCCCUGGAAACCGACUGAAAUAUUCCUUACAGAUCGCUUUGUGCCAUUUCUUUUUCAAUAUCUCGGGGAUCAUCCUCUGGUAUCCAAUUCCUUUUAUGCGUAUCCCCAUUCGCUUGUCAAAAUCUCUGGGGAACAUCACUGCCAAGUACAGAUGGUUCGCCAUUUUCUACCUCCUCUCCUGCUUCUUCUUGGUCCCCUUGGCCGUGUUUGGCCUUUCGGUGGCUGGUUGGCCCUACCUGGUUGGGGUUGCUGUCCCCGUCUUCAUGGUCUUGAUCUUUGUGGUCACCAUCAACCUCCUGCAGAAGAAGAAGCCACACUUGCUCCCGGAGCAGCUCCAGAAUUGGGAUUUCCUUCCUCGGUGGAUGCAUUCCUUGCGGCCCUGGGACAAAGUCAUCACCACCGCAGGCAUGGCCUGUGGCCGGUAUUGCUGCUGCUGCUGCAAACGUUGUCGAAACAAGAAGGCCGCCCCGAGCGAAGAUGAGAAGCACACGAAAACAAUGGAAGUUCAUGAGAACCCCGUCUCGCUGGCUGAUGAAGAGAACUGUCUUUCCAAGGCCACGAAAGCAGAGCAAGCGGACUUGAGCACCACAGCAUUGUAGCAGACAGCAGGUGGGGGAAGACGCUGAGAAUGGAGGUCCGAGGACAGAACAUUUGAGGGGCCUGCCUACAGCGGGAGACGGGGAAUGCGGGCCAGUGACUUGCACUCAGUGAGAAGAUUGAACCAGGGAUGGGUAGCAAUAGUUGUCAGGAGCCCUUAAGUCGUGUCUACGUCUCACGACGCGCCUAAAUCAUCAGUAAGGUCAAGGCCUUAUCUCACAGCUGCUCAAGACAGGGGACAAUCAAAGUCCUGUACUUGUCUCCAGACCUGAGGAAGGCCUGCAGACAAGUACUCCGCUUGCUUUUUUUAUAGAGAUCAAUGGACCAACUGUGCUUCGGCCCAUCACUGCUAAAACUCUCUCAUUUGCAGUCCUGUAGAAGUCCGAAUCUACUUUGCGUUCUUCAGCGUCAGCAAACCCACAAGGAGGACAUCUAGCCAUGAGCUAUAUCGUAUCAUAUAUUACCAGUUGGAUCAGGUUUUCAGCAAGAGCUUUCAAACUGUGUCCCCUCAAUCCGAUGUUUUAGAGAGCUCAGGCCUAUGCCAUUGUAACAAAAUGUGUAAUAUAGUGUGCACCACCCAGAUCUCUUCAACCAAAUGGAUUUCCUCAAACCUUCAAGAAGUGCUGGUUGAGGUGUGCGUUAAAGAAAUUAUCUCUCUCUAUAUUUUAGUACUGUAGGUUCUGUGGUUUGUGCAAUCUAUGAUCUUUCUAAAGCACUUGACUUUUUUUUGGACCUAAAUUAUUUGAAGGCUGAAUUGAGAGAACAAUUGUUGAAGAAUUGAGCUGCUAUAUCUCCGUAGUAUAUGCAGGAAUGGCCAUUUUUUAUUUAUAGACACAAGAUAGUGAGGAAGAAGAGAGUACAGCGUGGCAUUCACAAGAUUUUCUCCUGACAAGAUUAAAUUAUGUCAACAAUGUGUUUUUAAGAAGUGAAAUGCCCUAAAAAUAUACCCUGUAUUCCAGAAGCAUUAACUCACAGAAUGAGUCCCAAAACUGGAUGAGAGAUACCCUAUUGCUCUUACACACAACCUUUUUACCUCUGUUGUUGGGUGUGAGGGUGUCUGAUUAUGUUCACCUGCUUUGUAAAUGGAUCUAGGACACCUCACCAUAGCCAGCUCGCCACGGCGAACUCACUGUGGACUAAGUCGCCAUCACCAACUCGCCAUGGGACAAGAGUUACACUUAUAUCAAAGAAAUGAUAGAAUGAAGUCAUUAGAGAAAAGACGUCAAAGGAAGGACAAAAUUAAAUGUGAAUGACAAAAAUGAAACCAUUUUUAAAUAACUAAAUUGAAUUGUUGAAUCAUCCUGUGGCGAGGACUAUGGCAAGUUGGCCACGGUGCACUGGCCACACUGAGUGGUCCGAUUCCAUGGUAAACAAUAGUUUCUUGACAUGUAGUAGCAUUAUAUAAACCAGCCUUCAGAUCAAAGAGAGCAAUGUGUAGAAUAAGUUUUGACCCAUAUUUGGAGAAACCCUUUUUAACUCUUUUAACUUGGGUAUUCGGAACACAUUUUAGAUAGAAGAUGUUGCAAUUCGUAACUUUUGGUGGCAUGUGGAAAUAACACCUCAACGUUUUUGUUUCACAUCUCUGAGAAGCCUUGCCAGUCAACCAGGUUGAAACCUGGAUACCGAGAUGAUUGUAAGCCCAUACUGCUGAAAAGAAAAUUAGCAUUUUGCUUCAAGGUAAAGUAUUAUGUCACCAAGAUCAAAAAGAGAACUAAUUCAUAUCUUGAAAUGUGCUCUAUUACAGUUUCAUGUUCCUUGCAUCCUGUUAUUACCCGUUCUGUUUAUUGCCUCGUGGGCUGGUUUUUCCAACAGCUGAUAAUGUAUCCAUCAUUUUUCUCAUGAUGCCAUUUAUUGCAAAGCUAUCUACAUUUCUUGGAAUGUACUACUAUAAAGAAUUUUAUCUAGAUGCAGAUAUAGAAUUGUAUUUACUUGGAAAUCCAAGUCAAAAUGCACAUACUUGAAUCUCUUUUGUCAGAAUUGUUGAGGCUUUAAAAGGGCUCAGCUUUGGUAGGAAAUACAGCCUGGAAGUCUGUAUAAUGACCUUAGUAUUUGCUGGCUAAAAAUAUCAAGAAGAAUACAAGGCAAAUUCAGCUUUUAAAAAAAACUCUGAUAGGUUACAGUGGAUAAAUUUUGUCUUCCAUUUAAUGCUCCAGAUAUCUGAAAUUUAAAAGUGCUGAAAUAUGCAUUUCUUGGAAAGCAGAAGAAGUGAUCCUGCACCCCAAUCUCGUGCAAGUUUACUCAGAAGCAAAUUCCCUGUGAUUUCACCCAAAAUAACUUUGAAUUGAAAAGCACUUUGGGUGUGGAUAUUUGUACUGGGAAGAGAACACUUUGUACAAAUGCUUGGAUCUUCAGGGCUCAAAGUGCAGUUAAGAAAAGCACAAGAUUUAACCAACUUAGAAAGGGUAGAAAAGAUCUGUAGAUAUUUGGGUGGUUAAGAUGUUGGCUUGUUCUCCGGGCUUACUGUUUUGCUUUCAAAUGUUUCAUUACUGGACUAAAGUGGCAUCCUCAAUGAGACUAUGGUUCAAGUGUCUUGUUUUGGUUCUUCUCUGCUUUUAUUGACCUCAUGUGGUCAAGUGGUCAGUGGGUCAUUGACCAGCUGGUGAUGGCAAGUGAAGGUUGCCAAGUGAGAUCGAUAAGAGCAGAGAUGAACCAAAGCAAGACGCUUCAACGCAAUGUUUGGAAGCCCGGAGCACAAACCGUCACACCAACAUUUAAUCAAUUUUAUGAAGAAAUGGAUUCAUUUCGAUAUGAUAUCAUAGACAUGAAGUUUCUAUGGUAUUAAUAAUAAUUGGCACCUGUCAGAAACAGCAUGACACAAUCAGAAUAAAGCCCUUAUUAAACCAGGGUUGUGAGGGGAGAAGAAGAGUCAGAAAAAUCAAAAUGGCGGCUGGACCUUUGCAAUCAAGUCUCACCCAUUGUUGAUGGUACCUUUACAGUGGUGGAAUUCAAAAAUUUUUACUACCAGUUCU